UGCAAAAGUGGGGCCCAUAACCGAGUCGCACUCCAUGGGUUGGGGGGUUGUGGGUAUGUAUUUGGUAUUCCCUUGUACUAGUACGAGGUUUACUAAUGUCGCUUAGAAAAACCCAGAUUGCUCUAGAAUACGUUUGCCGGCGUACCAGUGAAGGCCAUUGUAAUGUUUUCUGGGUACAGGGAAGUGGGAUAUCGAAAUUUACAGAGGGUUUCAAGGCUAUUGGACAGCAUGUUCGAAUUCCUCUAGCGAGCACUGAGAAAGACGAAGAGGAACUGCUCCGGCAUACAAGGACAUGGUUCGAAGGCCCUGAUAGUGGCGACUGGAUCCUAGUUAUCGACAAUGCCGACAAUGACGCAGACUUUGUCGGAAACACCAGCCCC